AUGGAAGCCUCAGCUGGAACUGCGGUCGUCGGCGUGGAACACAGCAAGAGACGGCGCGAUAGCGCGGAUGCGGCCGAACCGCCGACUCUCACGCCCCCACACUCUACCCUUAGGAAGGCUGGUACGCCCGUCAAACGCGGCAAGAACCAACAUCCGUUGUCGCCGGAGCUUUCGUCGCCCAUCCGUCCUCAUAAAACACGCAAAUCGAAAUCGGACACCCCACUUAUCACCACGCGGUCUUCAAACUCGCAGACCCUUGAGGAGCUCAUAGAAGCGUUCACGGACCGCAAGAGACUCCUGCUCCUGCAAGAUCCCAACAAAAAGCCGCCUUUCUCUUACGCUAUGCUAAUCGGGCUGGCCAUUCUUCAGUCCACUGAAGUCAGGCUCACGCUUUCUCAGAUUUAUCAAUGGAUCACUUACCACUUCCCUUACUACAAGUUGGGGGACUAUGGCUGGCAAAACAGCAUCAGGCACAACCUGUCGCUUAACGAGGCAUUCGUUAAAGGCGAAAAGGCCCCGGAUGGGAAAGGCCACUACUGGCAGGUCAAAAGCGGCUGCGAGGGCAAGUUUUUCAAGAGCGGACAGACCGACGACGAGGUCAGAACGAAGCUUCGUAAGCUUUGCUCCGACGUGCUCGCUGUCACUUCUAAUCCUCGUUCGCCUGAGCCCGAGCUUCUCGGCAAAUCGCUCUAUGACGAAGGUACUACGACGGAGGUUGAACGUCGUCGCUUGGGCGGCCGGAAGCUCGAUGACGUGUACGCACUCGACAUAUCCUCCGAUGAAGAUGAAAGCUUUCAAGAACAAAGUAUCAACAACCUCUCUAGGGUCGCUUCCUCGCCUGUUGGGCUGAGGGAAGCUCUAUUGCCUUUUGAGCAGGCUAGUGCAAACAAGGAGGCAAUUAAUCAAGACGCAUUCAUUGGUGAGCUUUCACCUGCUAUUCCUUACAGCGAAAAUGACGCAGGUGCUUCAGAAACCAAAAACGAAACUGCUUUUCCCUCUCUAAGGAAGUCGUACUCUGCGGAUUGCCCUCAACAAGAAUUAUGGAGUGCACCAAGCUUGACGUUAUCGCCCAAGAAAGACGCCAAAAAGUACACAUGUUCUUUUAACGCUAACUUUGAAGCUUCUCCGCACACUAGAACCCCAAAGACAGGACCUCUUUUGGAAGGCUUCGGGUCUCCCGGGUCCGAAUUGGAAGGUGUGGACUUUACUGGCCCGCUAGAUCUACUCAAAACACCGCAACUUAAGCACGCAAAUAACCAUGAGUUUUCAUACACGCCCCGUGGAAAUACAUCCAUGAAAAAAUGGCGCACGCCCACUGUUCUUUUCCAAGACUUCAGCCGCUCGCCUGUGCUGAUGAAUUCCGCUGGACCGCCAAUGAUGGUAAUAGAUGAUUGUGUUUCAGAGGAAGUAUCUUGCCGGAAACCAGAUCCUUUCCAACUGGGGAAAUUCUGCAGUCUUCCUCUAUGUGAAUCGCAGACACACUCCCACAAGUUUUUCGAAAACAUUAGGUAUUCAUCCGGGCUUUUUGGAGUGGACGUGUGCUCUGUAUGGAAGCGAGCUGUGGAAGGCAGCAGGGAAACAGCUGACCGGUCAGGAAAGGAAACUCUGCUUGACACGCCCUUCCAGGGCACUAGCAGACGGGCAAGCACUAGUAAAGAGGACAGGGUUUAUGAAUAG